AUGUCCAAGGUCGCAGUGAAGCUCCAGUUCGAGCAGUCCACCAAGGACGCGCUCGAGGCAUGGCAACAAACCAUCCGCGACAACGCGAUCAACAUCAUCCAAAAGACGCUGCCUGGCAAGAUCCUCUCGCUCAACGCAAAGAUCGCCGAGGUAGACUCGAACAGGGAGCACCUCUUCUCCAAGAGCCGCUACUACGAGCCCUCUGCCAUUGGGACCGAUGUCACAGUCUAUCCCGCCCCUUCUUCUUCCAGCGACUCGGACCUUCCGUCAAGUAAGAAGCGCAAGACAGAGGCUGCUGCGGUGAAUGGCGAGACUCCCUCGCACGAAGAGUCGGCACACGUCUUUACGGGAAUCGUCAAGACACCGGUCUACCUCAGCAAAGCCUUCGACGAGCUGCGUGCCGAGUGGGACGAGCUAAUCGAGAUUAUGGACGCACUCAAAAUGUACAUCAACCUGCAGAUGCCCCAGAUCGAAGACGGCGAUACGUUUGGCGUUUCGAUCCAAGAAGAGGCGCUCAACGAAAUCGUUCGCUCGCAGGACGCAGCAUACAACCUCAUCGCAACACCCUACACCUACCAUUCUGCACGCGGAGAUAUGGCCGCCAAACUCGUAAGAUUCCCCGGGGUGGAGGACUACGCAGAGGCUAUCCGAGAACAUGAUAGGAAGUCGGUAUACAGACUCAAGAUGCAACUCACCGACGUGAGGAACAUGUAUGCCGUCGUCAACGACAUUUUGUCUAAGAAUAUCGCCAAGAUCUCGUGCCCAAAGUCGGGGAAUCAGAUGGGAAGCUACAGCUAG